CUAGUGCCAAGAGCUCUUGUGCUCUGGGAAAAAUCCGGCCUGCGGUCACAUCUGAGGGGCCAACAAGCUCAAGCUGCCCCUUAAUGAAGACUGUCGUUUGUGUGGUUGAUCGGUGACCACUCAGAGCUGCAUCAGUCUCGUGAUGAAACAUUUUCUUACCCUUGUUCUAUUUGCUGCUCUCUUGAGAUUUGAUCACGUAAAAAUGUUGGCCAGACGCUCUUCACGCAAGGUGCCUUGAUGCUUUUCUCUGUUCAGAAAUACCCAUCGAGAGCGAAAGGAUUAUAUGUCCAUCAGAAUAUCCUCGAAGAAGCUUGUGUUAGGAUCACAGGAAUUGAUCAUCAACCGGAAAUAUAUUCUUCGGCAAACCCGAAGAUGUGUCACCUCGAGCACACUUUCCAUCUCCCAUGUGGUCACUGGGGCAAAAACAAAAAUGUCCAACCAUGUAUUCGGGCGCAGACGGCUGAAGGGCUCACGCAGGGCUGUUGGGAUAGCCAAAGCCUCGGCACGAACAAUAGUCAAGGAUUAUGUCCGGAUUGCAAACUUCGAGAGCGUAUGGGCUGGGCCCCAUAUACAACUUCCACACGUAGCAUGCUGCUACCCAAAAUGUCAAGGAACUCACCGAAAAGUUCGGAGUCGGCUUCAUCGCACCCCCUUUGUCUAACGAUUCGAAAUCGAUGACGAAUAUCCGGCGGGAUAGCGAACAUAUAUCGCAACAGUUAUGAGAUCGAUCGCACCGGGUGGAGAAAAAAGCCCAACUGAAUCAAAUCUGAAUCUUGUUAAAACGUGUCUGGAUAAUGUUCAAUCACUGAGGUCUUGAAAUUCGCGCGCAUUGGGAAAUUGUCGGAAAAUGGGCAUCA